AUGCCAUCCCUAAAACCCUACCAUGCCGUCUUCUGCAUCAUCCUGGUCGUCUCUCUAAUCCUACUCAAGCGCUCCUCCACCAAAUCCAAACGCUAUAGACGUCGCAUGCAAAGGAUCCCGAAAAUGGUCUCAUGGAACGUCCACAACUUGUGCCAUGGCGAUCGCACAGUUAGCUCGGAACUCGCCGGUGACCCGACACUAGCUCCGUAUAAGCUGUUCAAAGAGCUAUAUGAGAGUAAAGACACCGACAAGAGCCCAGACCUAGCAAGUGAUGAAGACGACGCCAAGAGCGAUGAAUUGGAGAGGGUAAAAGAGUGCGGGAAUUGGGGCGAUUCUGAACCGAGCACGUUGUUUCUUCGAAUUUACCACGACGCGCUCGCUGCGCUGGGCAGAAAUCCGCUUGGCGGAGUUGUCUCUCCGCCGCUCAUGGGAAGCCACGGCGUGCUCCCGCUGACGAUUGUUGCGCCGCUGCCGGAUCUCUGUCGGCAUAUGGCCAAUUGCAUUGUUCGUGCGGAGAAGGAGGUGUUCCUUGCGACGAAUUACUGGAUUUUCUCGAAUGCGUCGACGUUGAUCACCAAUGCCUUGAAAGAACUGUCGAGGCGAGCAGGGAAGCGAGGGGAGAAGGUCGUUGUGAAAUUUCUUUAUGACCGUGGUGAUCCAAAGCAGGUCUGGGAGAGCCACCUCAGCGUCGAGGAGAAGAAGUACGUAGGUGGGAAAGUCAACUUACCAACUUCAGAUGAGAUUCCGCAUCUCGAUAUGCAGGUGAUCAACUACCACCGGCCGAUAAUCGGCACGUUCCACGCCAAAUUUAUGAUUGUAGAUCGUCGCAUUGCGCUACUGCAGAGCAGCAAUAUCCAGGAUAAUGAUAAUUUGGAGAUGAUGGCUCACGUUGAGGGGCCGAUUGUGGAUUCAUUUUAUGAUACUGCGCUGAUAUCCUGGGGUAAAGAGUUAGAUCCGCCGUUACCUAUGAUGAACUCACCGGCAGCAGCUGCACUGGUGUCUUGUUUCUCAGUGCAUGAGAACGACCAUCCCCAAAAGAGCGAUGGUGAUCUUCCGCAACAUACAAUUGACAGUGAACAUUACGAUGUAGAUGUCAAGUCCGAGGCGAAAAGGGUGAACGGACUACUUAAGCCGCGGGAUGGGGAGUCUCGAACGAAACCAGUCACCCGCCUUCUCAAUCAUACAAUGCAGUCGUCGACGACCGGCGAUGCACCAGACGAAGACCAACAAAACCGAAUGAAGCCAUACAUUGUGCACCCACCACACAAACCCUUCCCAAUAGCAUUAGUAAAUAGAGAGCCAUACGGAGCCCCCGACCACUCAAGCACAGCCGUACCCCAAAAUGGCGCAUUCCUCGCCGCAAUCAAGAAUGCUGAACACUCCAUAUUCAUCCAAACGCCAAAUAUGAACGCCGAGCCGCUACUAGACCCGCUUCUCGACGCUGUUCGUCGCGGCGUGGUUGUUACAGCAUACCUCUGUCUAGGGUAUAACGACGCCGGCCAGCUCCUCCCGUUCCAGAACGGAACGAAUGAAAUGAUUUCGAACCGGCUAUAUGAGUCUCUCGAGACGUAUGAGGAAAAGUCCCGGCUGAGGAUAUUUAAUUACGUUGGGAAAGACCAGACAAGACCUAUACAUAAUAAGUUCAAGAAGCGGAGCUGUCAUAUCAAGCUGAUGAUUAUUGAUGAAUCGGUGGCCAUACAAGGAAACGGCAACUUAGACACGCAAUCCUACUACCACAGCCAAGAAGUCAACGUGCUGCUCGACUCGCCCCAAAUCUGCCGCGCGUGGCGAGAGGGUAUAGAUCGGAACCAGAACACACUUAAAUACGGCCUCGUGAGUCCCGAUGAUGGGUGCUGGCGUGAUCCCCAGACCGGCGAGAUUCCGGAGGGCUCUAUAGGUCUUGAUCCGGGGAGGUUUAGCUGGGCGAAGGGGGCUGUGGGGGUUGUGCAUCGGGUGAGAGGGACUGGAGGAUUUUGA